CUGCUUAUUCUCUUUUUACAAACGAAGUAGACAGGUGCUGGUUGGAAGAGUUAAGCAUUAGACAAUAGAAUCAGGAGAAGAAAGAAAAAAAAGAAGGUCAUGAUCGAAAUGGACUGAAAAAGGGCUUGGUUAUCACUUAUCAGUAGGGUAGCAAUUUAAGCCCAAACUCAUUAAAUUGCUAUUCUCGUUCUCAACUCUGAACUUGCCUUCUCUCUGUCUCUGCAACAACAAACUACAAAAUCUACAAGAAUCAGAACCCAUAUCGGCAUAUCAUUACAGAUUGUUUAAAAUAUCAAAACCCAUAUCCUUCAACUUCCAUCGCCCGCUAUUCUAGUUUGGGUUCGCCGUUCGCAAGAUUCCGCCUCUGGCCCGCUAUCUCUCAACUCUCAAGCCCUCUCUCUAUAAUUGCUAACUUGAUUUGGAAGACUAAUUGGUAAAUUUGGGUUGAAUUUGAGUCUUGAACAAGUUGAAGGCUUUUAUACAGUCUUCCAAAGGGGUUGGGAAAAGACAACAACGGGAGCGUCGAUUGCAUGGCCUAUCAAGUACAUCAAAAUUUGUGAAUUGAGCAAGGAAGUUGAACAAAGGAGAAUUGAAAGCAAAGAGCUAAGCUAAGCAUAAAAAAAAGGGCUAAAAUCUAAAAAUUGCAAAGCAUAGCAAGGCUUAAAAAUUCAAAGUUAAAUUGAAGUUGCUCAAGGACCCUUUGUGAGAUCUUUCUAACUCAAUCUCUAGUUAAAUCGUCGGCCCGCGUGGUGACAAGUUCUUACAUAAAUCGUGAGCCCGCGUGGAGGCAAUUUACUUUUCUUUGCAUAUUGUUCAAGCAUAGGAGUAUGGGAUCAUUGUAUGUGGAGAUUUGUUAAUUGAUUUAUUGUGGGGGCGAAGUGAUUGCUAUUUACUUGUUAUUUCUUUUGCUAGUGCAUGCAUGGUCGGAGGUCAUUAAAUCCUACUCUUGUCCCUCCUAAUUUGCAUCUUGAAUCGGUUGUUCGUAAUCCUAGGGAAGAGGUAGUUCGCACCACUCCAUUUCAUCAAUGAAGGAACAACAUGAUGACCAUGUAGAUGACCUUUGUCACAUAGACCAACAAGGCAUCCUCCACCCUAAUGUGCAUCAUGACAACAUCCAAGUACCAUUAGGCAUGCCUAGACCAUUCAUCCCACCACAACAACAAGGCCAAAUUCCAUUGGGAAUGGCUCGGCCAAUUUUUGCUCGACAACCUUCCAUGGUUUAAGUUAAUCAAGGUGCUUAUGUAGCAUCACCAAUUGUGAAUCCUCCCAUUGCUUUGUGUGAUCAUUAUGUGCCUAAUGAAUACAAUGCACCUACAUGGAUUCAAUUGCCCCCAUUUAGAGCACAUCACUAUGAGAUUAAACCACAAACCACUCAAUUGCUUCCCAACUAUCAUGGACUUCCAAGUGAAGAACCUUACAAGCAUUUGGAUGAGUUUUUUGAAGUGUGUUCCAUCGUGAAAUACACGGACAUGCUAGAAGAAGUGUUAAAACUUAAACUUUUUCCGUUUACCCUUAAGGACAAAGCAAAAUAUUGGUUCAACAAUCUUAGGUCUUUUUCGAUAACUUCUUGGGCAGAAAUGCAACAAGAGUUCUUGAAAAAGUACUAUCCGGUAUCAAAGACCAAUGCUAUGAAAACUUCUAUUCGUGAAUUUUCUCUAAGGGGAUGGGGAAAUAUUUCAUGAGGUAUGGGAAAAGUUUAAUGAUUUGCUUAGGAAGUGCCCACAUCAUGACAUACCUAAGUGGCAACUAGUUCAAUAUUUCUUUAAAAGUUUACCGGAUAAUCACAAGGGUAUGGUUGAUGCAUCUAUGGGUGGGUCUUACCUUGACAAGUAUGAAAAUGGUGUUUGGCAAUUGUAUGAAAGCAUGAAUGAGAAUUUAAUGCAUGGAUCUUUAUCUUCUAAAAAUGGUAGAAACUUAGGUGGAAGGAAGAAUCUUGGCUUAUAUCAAGUUGACAAUUCCAAUGACAUAGCCACUGAAAUGAAUUCCUUAUCUCAAAGGUUUGAUUAAUUUUUAAUCAACCAAACUUCGGCGAAUCAAAUGUCUUCCUCCCCUAACCAUUCUCAUCGUAACUCUAACGAAUCAUGCAUGACUUGUUCUAGUGUUUUACAUUCUACUUCCAAUUGUCCCCAUGGACAUGUGCAAAGUGAAAACUAUGAGCAAGUCAAUGCUGCAUUUGUUAACCAAGGGAAUAAUCCCUAUGGCACUCAUUACAAUUUGAGUUGGAGGAACCAUCCAAACUUCUGUUGGAAAAGCCAAGGGGAAGGCUCAAACCCUCCCCAAGGUGGUUUUCAAGGCAAGUAUGUUCCGCCUCUAAUGCAAGGCCAAGGUUCUCAAGGUUUUAGAUCAUCAUUUCAAUCGCAUGGUAAUUAAUUUUCAAAUUCUCAUUUUCCUAAUCAAUCAUCUUAUUCUUAAGGAAAUUCUAGGAUUCCCGCUUUUGAGGAGAAAAUGUUAACCGCUCUAGGCACUCUAGAGGCGAAUACUUAAUUGCUUUAUUCUCAUUCUCAAUCCAUUGCUAAGCUAGAAACCCAAGUCGGACAAAUAGCUAGUACUUUGAAUGCUAGAGAGAAAGGGAAGAUGCCUUUGAAUGCACUACCAAAGUAACAACGUGUUGUGGAGACUCAUUCCUCAUCGGAAGGUCACACAAUUGAACAUGUCAAUACGGUGACAACCUUGAAAAGUGGGAAGCUUAUUGAUAAUUAAGUAGGUAUUUCCAAUGAAGAGAGUAAACCGGUGCAACCAAAAGUUGACACCCGUCCCGUUUCACAUUUUAUUCUUCCUUCAUUGCAUGUGCAUGAUCAUCUUAUUGAGAAAGUUAUGAAAAAUCAUUUGAAAGAUGAAUUGAAAAAUGAUUUGAAGAGUUCUUGUGUUGAAGAUGUUUCAAAGAAAGAUUUUGAGAAAGUUUUUGAGCCAAAGGCUCCAUUCCCGGGCGCCUUGAAAGGGUCAAUUUCUAUUGAAAAACAAAAGACAAAGACCAAUGAAAUUAUUGAUGUGUUUAGGCAAGUGAAGAUUAAUCUUCCACUUUUGUAUGCAAUUAAGCAAAUUCCGACUUAUGCUAAGUUCUUGAAAGAUCUUUGCACCCAAAAGAGGAAGAACAAGAGCCAAGCACUAAGGAGAAUGAUCUUGACCGAGCAAGUAAGCUCUAUCUUGCAACACAACACUCUCCCAAAGUUCAAGGACCCUGGUUCACCUACUACAUCUUGCAUCAUUGGUGACCAUGUCAUUAAUCGGGCUCUUCUAGACUUAGGAGCAAGUGUUAAUCGUCUUCCAUACUCGGUAUAUGUUAAAUUGGGCUUAGGAGACUUAAAAUCAACGUCGGUAGUUUUGCAACUUGCCAGCCGAUCCAUUAAAAAGCCCCGGGGUAUCAUUGAGGAUGUUUUGAUUAAGAUAGAUAAGUUCUUCUUUCCCGUUGAUUUUGUUGUCAUUGACACGGAACCGAUCUUGAACCCCAAGAAUCAAAUUCCCGUUAUCCUUGGCCUUCCUUUCUUGGUAACCGCAAAUGCUAACAUCAAUUGUAGGACGGGGAUAAUGAAAAUAUCAUUUGGGCAUAUGAAAGUGAAGUUGAACAUUUUUAAUCCAACCUCGAAUUCAAUGGAUAAACAUGAAGAAGUGUGUGUUGUGGAAAAAUGUCUUGACAAUGAAUGUGAUAAAGUUAAGUCCUUACUUGGAAGUGGAAUUUCUAAAAGUCUAUCUUCAAACUUGAAUUCAAGAAAUGUUGUUUCGAAACCUUGUGUUGAAAGGGCAUGAAAGCCCAAGAGUUGCCUUGAUGAACGACCGUCAAUUCCUUUUGAUCCAAAUCCAAUAAGUUCUUUAGAGAACCAUUUGUUUGGUGGGAUUCAAAAAUCCAUUCACCCCGUCAAGGAGGGGAUGCAUAACAAGAUACUAGAUCCGAGCUAAAAGAGCCCAACGUCUUGCUAGAGACGUUAAACACUAGUGCGAUUCGUAGGGUUAACAAUUUUAUUCCUCCCUUAUUUCUAUUUUAACUUUCAUUUCCUACGUCGUCUAGAUAUAUUUUGGGUUCUUACACAUGGCUAGGAACUGUGAUUGUGGUUACAUGCACUUUCAAUUUCUAAUUAGGCAUUUUGUGCCUGUUCGAUCGAUCUCAAAAGAGGUUCGAUCGAUCGAACUGCCAACCCUGCAUCCAAUUACCUCUUUGUUCCAUCGUGCGAAGAUAUCCUGCAUAAAUUAGCUCUUUGUGUAUCGUGCGAAGUUAUUUUUCGAUCGAUCUGAAAUUCCUGAUUGAUCCAACUUUUUCCUGGAUCGAUCUUCAGUUCCAACACUUAGAAAAAUUUUCAAACCCAUGAAAAUCAGCUCUCUAUGCAUCGUUCGAACUUGUCUGCAGGUUUUUACUUGUUGGAUCGAUCGAAAUCUUUUCUAGAUCGAUCUUGGAUUGAUCGAUCUGUGUUCCUUUGUUGACUUUGACUUUG